CAGGAGGCAGCAUCAUGGCGGCCUCCGGUGUGAGCAUGAAAUGUGUCUUUCGGAGAGCGAUGGUGCCCUCCUUGGUUGUUAUUCUGGGGGCUACCGGUACCGGAAAGUCCAAACUAGCAAUCGAGCUCGGAAAGCGCCUUCAGGGAGAAAUAAUCAGCGCGGACUCCAUGCAGGUAUAUAAAGGUUUGGACAUCAUCACCAAUAAGGUGACCGCUGAGGAGCGCGCCCAGUGCACACAUCACAUGAUCGGCUUCGUGGAUCCAUUGGUGAAGAGCUACACUGUGGUGGACUUCAGGAACAAAGCGCUGGAGUUAAUAGAUGACAUGCACAGCAGAAACAAGCUGCCCAUCAUUGUUGGAGGAACAAACUAUUACAUUGAGUCCCUGCUGUGGAGAGUGCUGGUGGACUCAGGGCAGGAGAACGAGGACUCUGGGGACGGAGCAGAUGGAGGCCAAAACAGGAAGAUGGAGCUGGAGAAACUGGGAGGAGAGGAGUUGUAUAAAAGACUGAUGGAGGUGGAUCCAAAGAUGGCGUCCAUGCUUCACCCAAAUGACAAGCGCAAGAUAGCCAGAAGCCUGCAAAUUCACAAGGACACGGGUGUCCCUCACAGCCACUGGCUGGAGGAGCAGAGGCAGGGAGGUGACGGGCUGGGGGGGCCCCUCAGGUACCCGGACCCUUGCAUCUUCUGGCUGCACGCCGACAUGGAGGAGGAAAAAGUUUGCACACUGAUGGGUCGUGUUUCCUCCGCUUCCCACAGUCAGGAUUACCAACAUGGGAUUUUCCAGUCCAUCGGUUUUAAGGAGUUCCACAACUACCUGACGUCUCCGGAAAGCAGCAGCCAGCAGGAGAAGGACCAGCUCAGAGAGAAAGGUAUAGAAGCUUUGAAAGUCGCCACCAAACGUUACGCCCGCAAACAGAAUAAAUGGGUCCGGAACCGCUUCCUGAAGCGACCAGGAGACAGCGUCCCGGCGGUGUACGGCCUGGAUGUGACAGACGUGUCCAGGUGGGAGGAGACUGUGCUGAAGCCUGCACUGCAGAUCCUGGACAGUCUCAGCAAGGGUGAGGAGCCCCCUUUGGCCCCCAUUAGAGUGCAGGGCCCUAGAAACAAACGCAGCCACCACACCUGCGACCUGUGUGAUAAAAUAAUCAUCGGAGACCUGGAAUGGACCGCUCACCUGAAAUCUAAAAAGCAUCACUAUCACGUGAGGAAGAGGAGAAAGUCUGAUCCGGGGUGCGAACCGCCCGUCUCCACCCCCCCUGAAACCUCUCAGGGUUCCUCUAAAGAACCGAGGACAGAACACACAGAAGGAGCGGAGGACGCUUUGAGAGCUGCUUCUCCUUUGAGCUCCGUCAGCCGGGUGAACACGACCUCUGACCUCUAAACUUCACUGAACGUCGGCAUCUUCUAGGUUUCUAGGAGACGACCUCAUGGACACAAAGGAGACAUUUAAAGAUAUUUAUUUUUGCUGUUUAAAUUAAAGCAAAAAAAAAAAAUAUAUAAAUUCUCUAUUUUUGCACAAAAUACCUUAUAAAUAUAGCUAUCAUUUUUUUAUGUAUUUAUUUUCUUGUUGCUACAAUCAGUUCCCUGAAAGAUUAUAUUUCAGACUCUCAGCCAUCUUUGUUUUGACUUUAAUAAUACUGGAAGGAAAAAUAAAUAUGCUUUGGCUCCAAAUUAUUGAUCCUCGCUUAUUUCCUUAGUUUUUCUUUUUUUACCUUUCAACCUUGUGUUCAUCUCCUGUUCUGACAUUAAAAAAAAAAUCUAGUGAGAUCAAUCUGCUCAGAAGUCACCUAAUCUGUAAACACGAGCAGCCUGAAGACAGAGGAAGACGGCGGACGGGUCAGGGAGGAAGAGUAUGGCUCGACCACCAUCCGCCACAGGAAACGGAAACAACCAAGAUCGAACUUUCUGACCCACUGUGGAAUACGGUGGUGGCUGCAUUAUGCUGUGGGGCUUUCCUCCCCCAUCUUCUUCCUAUUGUGCACUCGGCCGUCACUUAGAAAGGCUGUAAAAGGAAUGAUAGGCUGUAAAAAAAUAUAUGUUUGAGUGGUGUGAAUACUUUCCAAAAACUCUGGCUUUCCUGGGUUUUUCUUUGUUUUUGUUGUUGUUUUUUUCCAGAUACCUGGUUGUACUGUUAUCUCACUAUGAUGAACUCGAGCAGAAAAGCUUGACAGCUGAUUUGU